GAUAAAAGGAGAAAACGGAUAAUAACACUAGAAAGAGAACCAACCAAUUCUAACACAUGGCGCUAACUUCUUCACUCUCACUCAUCCCUUCCACCAUCACUUCUCCACCCAAACUCACUUCCAAAUCCUUCUCAUCAUCUCUAACACCACCCAACUUUCAUGGCAUCUUCACCAAAUCUAACAACAACUCAACUAAAUUCCUGCUGAAUGCUGGUUUCAAUGUUAUUGAGCCUGACCUCAAUGAAGAUCCUAUAGACCAAUUUCGUACUAAUGGCAUUCCACCUGAAGAGUUUGAGUUUGGAAUAUUUGAUGGUCACCAUACUUUUUAUGAAGGAGAAGAAGAUAAAGGAACAUUUUGGGGUGCACUUAAGGAUGAGAUAGUAGGAGCAGGACCCCCCACUGGAUUUCAGGGUCUAAUUUCAUGGCUCUUCCCACCAGUCAUUGCUGCUGGAGUAUUCUUCAAUGUUCCGGGUGAGUACUUGUUCAUUGGAGCAGGAAUAUUUACAAUAGUAUUUUGCAUAAUUGAGAUGGAUAAACCUGAUCAACCACACCACUUUGAACCUCAAAUAUACAACAUGGAAAGAGGAGCUAGAGACAAGUUGAUAAGUGACUAUAAUUCUAUGAGCAUAUGGGAUUUCAAUGAAAAAUAUGGUGACAUUUGGGAUUUUACAAUCAAGAAGGAAGCGAGUGACAUAAUGAAGAGAUAAUUAAUUGUUUCAACUUGUUCUUGUUUAUAUCUAGAUGACAAUUCUCACAAAUACUAUAUAAUAUGAAUAUCAAGCACACCCUUAUAAA